CACACACACACACACACACACACAAACAUGGAUGGCAUUGAUCAAGAGGAGUUCGACGAUAGCAGUCGUGGUGGCAGUGAAGAUGAGGAGAAUGAAGGUGAAGAUGAUGAGGAGCUGCAGCCAACUCAAAUCUCACAGACAACCGCAACGCAGAGCACACGCGAACAGCAACAACAGCAGCCACCUUUCUUCUGCUGCUACCUGCUCACGGGGACACAGCCAAGAACACGCAAGCGCACGUACAUUGGGUUCUCCGUGGAUCCCCGGCGACGCUUGCGGCAGCACAACGGCGAAGUGAAAGGCGGCGCCCGCAGGACGGCGCGCUGCAAAGGGUCCUGGAAGAUGGUGCUGUUUGUGUUCGGGUUUCCUUCCAAGGUUGCCGCGCUGCGCUUCGAGUGGGCAUGGCAGCAUCCGUGGCUGUCGCGGUGCCUGAAAGAUGCUCGCGCCAAGGAGGAAGGAAGCCAGGCGGCAGCAGGAAAGCGAGUGCGCCGAAACAGCCCGCAGCAGCUGCCGCAGGCCCUCGCCACCGUCAUGACCAUGCUGAACACGCCACCGUGGCAGUCACUUCCCCUCCACCUCUGCUGGCUCGACGCAGAUGUUGAGUCAUGGUGGCAACAGCAACGUCAAAAGCAGCAAGGAGCGCGCUCGCGCACAAAGGCCACGGCGGCAUCGCAGCAGGCGGCACACCCGUCCAUACCACAGCACAUGGCGCAGUUCUCGCUGCCCGGUGGCUGGGAAAACGUGGCCAGUCGGUCGCUUGACGACCUGUUCCUGUACGCGGGCGGAACGCGGGAGCGGCGGCCGGUUGUGGAUGCGCACCAGCACGAAGUCCAUGAGCAGCCCGCCUCGACAGAGCAGUGCUGUGUGUGUCGUGAAGCGAUGGCACCAGCAGACUCGCAUGUCGAGAAUCAUGUCACGCUCCGUUGCAUGGCGCCAUCGUGUUCGAUGGUCGCACACCCAAUAUGCCUUGCGAGCGCACACAGCAAGACCCGCCAGCCAGGUCCCGUGUCCUUGGUGCCUGUGGAGGUGGCGUGUCCCGUGUGCGAGUGUCGUCUGCCAUGGGGCGAGCUGGUCCGAAACGCCCACCGCCGCCUCUCGCAGAUCUCCUUUGCCGAGGACACAUGGAUACACGCUGUGCCUUCCUCGCAAACACAGGAUUUGUUCUCAAAAUGGAUGACAUGACCCUUGCGUGGUCGUGUGUUUCGUGCGUUGAGCGCAUGCACAUUUGCUUGUCUGCGUGUGCGCGCGCGCGUGUGUGGUCGUGUGUACAUCUGUGUGCUUGUGCGAUUGCUGAUCUAAUUGGGAUAGCAGAGUAUGCUUGCGAGAGUGCACAUGGGUGUGUAAUUGAGCCGCGCCUUUUGAGGGCGAUAAUAAAUGACGUUUACAACCGCA